AAACUCAAAGGAGUUCGAUGAAUUUCCUUUUACAUUGGAAAUAAUAGCCAACUUCUGCCUCGUUUCCACUGAACUAACUCAUCGUUGUGUUUCCACCGACAAGUUACUUCAACUCUUAUCUACUUGUGUCCAACUCCCCGGUGUAAAUAGGCUCAGUGUCGAAUUUUCUAUCAGUUCGCGAUACAAAAAUCUCAAGCCGCAAACCCGUAUGUGUGAAACUCCUGUUUCCGUGUUGUGCUACUAUAUCGAUAACGCAGGGACCUCCACCUGCUCUGUACAUCCGCGGUGCAAUCAUCGAAUGAUCCAAUCUGAUUUCAAGUGACCCAGUGUUAUCAGCAAAAAUGCAGUGACUUCCUUUCGGAAAAAAUCGUCAAAUCAACUACAUUUAUCUCAACUAAUCUAUGUGAAAAAUCAUUAUAUUUGUGCAACGCAAUUGAACGCAAAUCAGCCGACAUAACAUGGACUCACCCCAGUGGUUUCACGCUUCUCAAUUAAAUCACCGUUAAAUUAUUCUCAUCUCCACUGACUCACCGAUACUAAAAAUUACAAAGAUUGGUGCAACCGGCCCAGUUAGCUACCAAAAGGUGAUGGUGUUGAAUCACAAGGAAAUGCCAAACAUACGUAAUGGAAUAGUGACAAUAAGUGAACGUUUUGCGCAGUGGAAACAAAACAAAGUGAAAUAGCCACUGGUAUUCCUUGCUAGCCAAAAAAUUAUUAAAACACUUAGAAGCAAAUUAUCUACAAUAAAAAAUUCCACAUCCCUCCUAUUUUUAUAUUUUGUGCAGUGAGACAUGACAAUAAAGCUCUAGAAAUCACUUAACCUCUUCUACAAGUUGACAAGUUAAAGAAGCCUUAAAAAAUCCCCCAUACGUCCAAUAAUAAAUAAUAAUUAAGUCCAUCAAAAUGAGACUAGUAGAUUCCUCAAAACUUAAUGAGCUUCAAUCGCAGCCAUCGCGUAUACGGAACAUCUGCAUCUUGGCGCACGUGGAUCAUGGUAAGACUACUCUAGCAGAUUCUUUGGUAGCUUCCAAUGGAAUAAUCUCUAGUAAGCUGGCAGGUAAACUUCGUUACCUGGAUAGUCGUGACGACGAACAGCAGCGAGGCAUCACCAUGAAGUCCAGCUCAAUAGCACUGUAUCAUAGACACAACCAGCAAGAGUAUCUUGUGAACAUCAUUGACUCUCCAGGUCAUGUUGAUUUUGCCUCAGAGGUAUCAACAGCUGUGCGUCUCUGCGAUGGGGCUAUUGUUGUGGUAGACGUAGUCGAGGGUGUCUGCCCCCAAACGAGAUCAGCAUUAUCAAUGACCUACGUUGAAGGAUUGAAACCAGUACUUGUGCUGAAUAAAAUUGACAGAUUGAUCACAGAGAUGAAGCUGGAACCAUUGGAUGCUUAUGUCCACUUGAACCAGGUUCUGGAGCAAGUGAACGCUGUAAUGGGAGAGAUAUUCGCUAGUGAUAUAAUGGAACGAGAAGAGAAAGAAGAAAUGGAUCAUCAAGAACAAUAUGCAAAAUCUGAUGGCUCGAACGAUUGGCAGUCAGCGUUGUUAGAGACUGAUGAUUCAAAUCUUUAUUUCUCUCCAGAACAGGGAAAUGUGCUAUUUUCUAGUGCUGUUGAUGGCUGGGGGUUCCAAGUCUCCAAUUUUGCAAAGAUAUUCUCGGAAAAAUUAGGAUUCAGUGAGAAGGUUCUGCUUAAGACUCUGUGGGGUGAUUAUUAUCUCAAUAUGAAAGCUAAAAGAAUUGUCAAGGGUGCACAAGAGAAGGCGAAGAAACCUUUAUUUGUAUCAUUAAUCCUCGACAACUUGUGGAUGCUCUAUGAUACUGUGGUUGUUAGGAAGGAUAAAGAAAAAAUGUUGAGCAUGGUAGAAAAGUUGAAUAUUAAACUAACAACUAGGGAUUUAAGAGUGACUGAUGUAAAGGCCCAACUUCAGGCAAUUUGCUCUCAAUGGUUACCACUAUCAAAAUCCUGCCUUGAUGUUGUCUGUAAUAAGGUUCCAUCGCCUCUCGACCUCUCCCCGGAGAAAAUCGAACGUCUAAUGAGUGGGAAUUCAGAAUUCUCUUCUCUACAUGUUGAAAGUCAAAAAUUGAAAGCGGCUUUUUUAAAUUGUGGGUCAUCUCCAGAGGCUCCCAUAAUUGCCUUUAUUUCUAAGAUGUUUUCAGUGGAACGUAAAAUGUUACCAGAAUUUAAGACGCAGCCAUUGACACCGGAGGAGUUAACCAGAUGUCGAGAAAUUGUGAGACAACGACAUACCAUUAAAUUAGGACAAGAACAAAAUCAGAAUUUGAUUCAGAAUGAGAACCAAGAGGCGUCUUCAUCUUCUUCACCGUCUCCAUCAUCUUUAAGUAAUCCGAAACUCUCUCCAAAAGACAUGGAAGAAGAGACUCCGUCUGAAGAAGACCAUGAAACAAUUAGAGAAAACCCUCUCAUAGCUUUUGCAAGAGUUUACUCAGGGACAUUAACAGAAAACUGUGAAGUUUUAGUCCUAGGUCCCAAGCAUAAUCCUCGGAAAACUCUAGAGAGAAAGAGAGCAGGUGAAUGGGUCGAACCUGCAGAAUCCUUGAAAGAUCUUAAGUCAGGUUGCCACAUUACUAAAGUUAAAAUUCCAAAGCUUUAUUUGAUGAUGGGAAGAGAAUUAGAAGCAGUCCCAACAGUCCCAGCUGGUAACGUUCUUGGGAUUGGUGGGUUGGAGGAUCAUGUUCUAAAAACUGCGACGAUCUCCACUGAUAUCAUGUGUCCAUCUUUCUCUGAACUCACUUCCUUAUCGGUUCCUAUUCUUCGAGUUGCAUUAGAACCGAAGCAUCCCAAUGAUCUUCAGAGGUUGAUCAAUGGUUUGAAGCUAUUGAAUCAGGCGGAUGCGUGUGCUAUUAUGCACAUUCAGGAGACGGGAGAGAUUGUUUUAAAUACUGCUGGGGAAGUACAUUUGGAGAGGUGUCUAGAGGAUCUUAAGACUAAGUACGCAAAUGUAGAAAUUAACGUGUCUGAACCGAUUGUCUCUUUUAGAGAAACUGUGGUUCCUCCACCAACAGUUGAUAUGGUCAAUGAGGCGAUUGAGAAGAAGAGUGAGGAAGUGAUGCUAGAGUUCUGGACUCAAAAUCGCCAGUGUUGCUUUGAGAUCGAUGCAGCUCCACUGCCUGAGAAAAUUACGAAGUUGAUUGAAAAAAAUUCCGAGUUGAUUAAGGAGCUGGAUUCUCAUUGGGAAAGAUUUGGAAAGGAAGACAGUGAUGAAUUGAAUCUAGCGAGACUGACGUUGGAGGAGGUAGACCUGGGAGAAAGAAAAAAAAAGGCCAUCGAAGGAUUGAAACAGGAGUUGAAAGCGGCUUUUGAUGAAGCUGGAUGGGAAGAUGUGCUGGAGAACAUCUUUUCUUUUGGACCUAGAAAGUGUGGUCCUAAUGUGCUGCUUAAUAGGACGGAUUACAAAAGGAGAGCCUUCUGGGAGUCACAGAUCAAGGGAUCAGAUGAUCCCAGAGCUGCGUUUGAUAGUAGCAUGAUAAAUGGCUUCCAGUUGGCCACACUGGCAGGACCUCUGUGUGAAGAGCCAAUGAUGGGCGUUUGUUUUACUAUUAAAAAAUGGGAAAUUUAUGAUGACUUAUUAAGUGAAAGCGGACCAACCCACGGACACCUGGGUGGUCAAUUGAUGUCAGCUUGCAAAGAAGCAUGUCGACGUGCCCUGAGCUUGAGGAGGCCUCGACUGGUGACUCCUAUGUAUUCUUGCAGCGUUCUCGUCAAUUCUGACGUUCUCGAGAGGACAAGAAAAUAGUUAUUUAAUAUUGGAAAACGAUAGGACUGCUGUAUAAACAAAAUUCAAUUUUGUUGUUGAGCGAUAAAAGGCGAAAGGAUUUGGAGAACAUUAUGCAAAGACUCAUUUGGUUGACCAUUAAUUUGUCUACAGAAGAAGUCUCUCGACAAUUUUGCCUAAAAAUACUGAUAAUCAGCAGGAUCAUUUCAGACGUGUCCUUCAUUCUUCGCUCCUGAAUCAAAUCCCAAUAGAUCCAUUUCAGAUUCUCAUAAAAGUUUAAUUGACGUCUAAAUCCAAAAUGCGUACGUGUCAUCUUACGUGACUGAAAUUAUUGGCUGACCUUGCAUCAUAUUUUUAUUUCAAAUUCCUCAAAUAUCCAUUUGUUGCGAGCAGAAUAAGAGAAUUUCAACCGCAUCGCUUUUGAUAAAGAUGUAACAAGUUGUUGGAUUGAUUCAUUUUCUAAUAAAUGGAGUAAUAAAUUAAAUGAUGGAGCAAAAUCGGUAUAUAUAAGGCAAUGGAAAAUAGACUUGAAUGAGUGGGUGAAGUUGGAUGGAAUUUCAUAAUAAAUAGUACGGUAUUUAGGGGACUAAUUGACUCAUUCAAGUGAUAAUAUCACAUGCACGUCAGUCCCAUGUGGCGGUUUUCAACAAUUCUGGAACUCUGUGCCAUGGAAAUGACGGUUGAAACUCCUCUUGUACUUCAAAACCUGGAAAAUAAUUUUUUUUCAUAAGUCUUUCAUAUUACUUAUGUUACUUAUUUCGUAUUUCAUAUUACGUUCAUAUUACUUAAUUUAAUAGAUAAAAGACUAAUCAUCAA